GUAUUACAGGCUGGUACCCAGUUACCCUCUCUGAAGAUGUCAUGCCUUCACACCACACAAACAUCACGCAGACUGUUGUGGGAGGACUGGAACUUUCUGUUACUUUUGCUCAUCACAGUGACAGGGAGCGUGUUUUGGAGGCUGCUCAGCUUUUGGGAUGGAACGGUGAGGAAAGCCUUGAAGACAGCAUGGAUGAGGACGAUGAAUGGGAGCCGAGUGACAGAGAGGUGGUUGUGACCAUUUCAACCCCAAGACUGUGGCUGCCACUGCACUGCGUGCUGCUUGCAGGCCAGAUGCAACUGAAUAAAAGCACUUGCUGCUACCUCAGGUAUAAGCUGUAUGAUCAGGAAGCCACGUGGACUUUGCUUAAGAGGCCAAAAUUGUCUGAGGACAACAAGAACGUUACAGUGAACUUUAAGAAAGGCCACAAGGUGACUCUCAGGAAGAGCCGAGGGCUGAUUUGGUUCUUCAGGGAGGAGAAAUUAGAAAUCCAGGUGUGGUGGGCAUAUGGCAAAGAAAAUGGUGUGGAAAGACCACUUGAUACAGAUCGUCUCAUUGGAUCUGCAUACGUCGACCUCAGAGCGUUAGCAGAGAGGUCAAGGAGAUCACUGAGUGUUGGUGGAGUGUACCCGUUGUUCAGGUGCAAUGCUGCAGACCUCGCAGGGGCUGCUGUACGUGUUCACGUUGCCUUUUCCUCCACUUCUGCUGCCCCAACCCUCACCCCACGCUGCACAGAGGAGCACAGCAACAGCGAAGAUGAAAGCACAGAGAGAGAGCCUGACCCGAGCCAGCAGGUCUGUGGAAAUCAGGCUCAGAGCCUGGAUGUCAGAAGCUCAGAAAUCACCAAUGGGAAACCACAAGAAGACGACGUGGCGUUUUUGGAAAGCACCGUUGCUGUCAGCAUCCUUGUGGAAAGAGCAAUGCAUCUCAGUUUAAAAGGUAAACCCUCAACGAGGCCCUUUGUUGUUGUUGUUGCUGU